GUUGUGUGUUAGUGGAACAAAUUUCAUACGUCGGUCUAGGUGCGGUUCGUAUGAUUAAUGUGUGCAUAUCCAGACCGUCGAGACGCCGAAGAAGCGCACCAUCUUGUACUCGCCGAUUUAGAGAAAAUGGAUGAAAAAGGGGACCGGUCCAGGCCGAAGGAGCCCGUGGGAAUUUUACGCAUCACGGACGGUUCGACGAAACCUCGACGCAGCCAGUCGGAGGUUCGACUUUUAUUGCAGGGAGAACCGCCUUCCCCACAACCAUCAGUCGACCGUCUCUCCGUAACCUUUGCAGAAGACUCGAUCAAGACCGAAAGUUCCUCACGCUUCCAUUUCCAAAAUUCGAGCAUGUCAUCGCAAGUUGCGGACAAAGUCCACUUCCCGACCACAGACGGGGAGGAUUCCGAGGAGGACUACUCCGCGAGCGUGAACGCCAUAAUUCAACGAAAAGCCUCGCUACGGCGAUCCCGGAAGCGCAGCAAGCGACGGACGAGUUCGUCGUACAGUCCGGACAUACUACCCGGUCAGUUUAGCCGUCGACCAUCGGUUUACACCACCAGCUCCGGAGACACUGCGAUUACUGUUGACGAAUCGCCUGUUUUGGAGUUGACCCAAGAGCAAAUUUUCGAAAAUAUUAGGUUGCACAAGGAGGUGCUGAGUAAUGUCAAAAUGCAACCGUGGAAUAUGAGGAAGAAACUUAAGCUGGUUAUGCAGGCGAAAAGUUACGUGAAACGCCACGAGGGUGCGUUACAAGAACGCUUCACGCAAACGCAUUCGUUGAACAACAUGAUUGCUAGGUGGAACAUUUACUUAAUUAAGAAAUUGCAUCAGUGUCGUAGGGAAAUGGCUAACCUCUCCAACUUGCUGAUACCAUGGGAACGUAGAAUAAAAGAGAUAGAGUCGCACUUUGGAUCCGUGGUCGCUUCGUAUUUUAUAUUUUUGAGAUGGUUGUUUUGGGUUAAUGUCGUUAUGUCGGCUGUAAUCGGCUUGUUUGUUGUUAUGCCUGAGAUCAUAAUAAGUGACACCAAUCCCGACAGAAAAGAUAUUUUAUCAGAAGACAAGUACAAUUCCACCAACUUCUUGACAAUGUGGGACUUUGAAGGGGUUUUAAAAUACACGCCCUUAUUUUACGGCUGGUACACAAACGCGGAUUCCCAGUCGGGCUAUCGCUUACCACUGGCUUACUUCAUGACACAGUUGGCAGUCUACAUUUACAGUUUCGUGGCAACGCUCCGCAAAAUGGCGGCCAACUCGCGCAUGUCCAAAUUAUCGGAGAAGGACGAUGAAUCGAUUUUUACGUGGAAACUGUUCACAGGUUGGGAUUAUAUGAUCGGAAACCCGGAGACCGCGCAAAAUCGGAUUAUGUCAAUCGUUAUGGGAUUCAAAGAGGCGCUCCUCGAGGAAGCGGAGAAGAAGCGCAAGGCCCGAAACUGGAAGGUUAUCUGGAGUAGAGUGUUUGUAAAUAUUGUAGUUCUAAUUCUGUUCGCACUUUCGGCGGCCGCGGUCGUCGAGGUGGUCAGGAGAUCCACCGAAGACGAAGCGAACAGCUCCAUCUGGCGUAGAAAUGAAACAACCGUCGUCAUGACGUUCUUAUCCUUUGUAUUCCCAAUGAUCCUAGAAUUUUUAGGCUUCAUGGAGCAGUACCACCCAAGGAAACAGCUGCGAAUACAAUUGGGACGGAUUAUGCUCCUGAACCUCCUAAACUUAUACUCGCUUAUUUUUGCGCAAUUUGAUAAGAUAGAUGAUAUGACUGCAGAGCUGCUUAAGUUCAGACCCAACGUUUCGUCAAUUUCGAAUGACCCUACCACGCCGAGCUACGGAGAUUCCCCACCCACUCCCAUGGCGCUCAUCGGUGGUAUAGAACCGCAAGUUAUCUGUCGCACAAUUUGCUACAACUACACCGUGGAAGAAUCAGAGGGGACGCUCGCGAGUACAAUUUCAACAAUCGCCUCAACUGUAGCCUCUACUGCUCUGCCGAAAUUAUGGGAGGCUUUGAAUUUGACUGGAAGCACAACUGAGAGUGAUAAUUUUACGUGGAGAGACAUUUACGACAACGUAACCGAUGAGAACUUGCAACAGCUGUCGAGUAACUUUCUAAUGGGCUUCCAAGACUACUUGAAUUUCCUGUUGGGGUCGAUCGGUCAGGAUGCGAACGCAACCGAGGCCAAUGUAACAGAUGUUACCGAUUUGACCAGCGCCACCGGUUACGACCUGUUGAAGACGACGAUGUCUACAAUUUUGAAUACGACCAUUGACGAGGAUGGCGAAAUUCCGUUCACCGCAUUCUAUACGGAGGUGAGCGGUCUUGUUGGAAGAUUCGUGGAGAAAUGCGAGGAGGUAUGCGAAACGGUUUGGCCGCCUACCACAACGGAGGUAAGUACCGCUGCAGUAACGGCGGUUGCAACGCCGUUCAGCGGGGAACACGAUUACCCCACGAAAGCGAAGCUGAGAUCGCUCUGUUGGGAAACAAUGUUCGGCCAAGAGCUGGUUAAGUUGACGGUUAUGGAUCUAGUGUUUACGAUCGCUGGGACUGUUGGAAUCGAUUUCUUGCGAGGCGUUUUUGUGCGAAUCAUGAAUCGGUGUUGGUGCUGGGAUUUGGAAAAGGUCUUCCCGGAGUACGGAGAAUUCAAGGUGGCCGAAAACAUUCUGGCGCUGGUGAACAAUCAAGGAAUGGUGUGGAUGGGAAUGUUCUUUUCUCCUGGAUUAGUCGCAAUUAAUAUCGGCAAGCUGAUAGUGCUAAUGUACCUGCGUUCUUGGGCUGUAUUGACCUGCAACGUUCCCCAUGCCGUAGUCUUCCGAGCGUCGCGCUCAAAUAACUUCUAUUUCGCCCUUCUUUUAAUUAUGCUGUUUUUGUGCGUACUGCCGGUUGGGUACGCGAUCGUUUGGGUUGAACCCUCUUGGAACUGCGGCCCGUUCUCGUAUUACAGCCGAAUUUACCACAUUCUAACAAAGACCAUCAGGAAGUUACUGCCGCAGAAGCUUCACAGGGCGAUGGAGUAUGUUGUUUCGCCUGGAAUCGUGAUACCGAUCCUAGUUAUUUUGGUACUAAUUAUUUAUUACCUAAUUUCCUUGACCAACUCGUUACGCGAGGCAAAUUCGGACCUGAAGGUGCAACUACGACAGGAAAGAACCGAGGAAAGACGGAAGAUGUUUCAAAUUGCGGAUCGUAAAAGGGCGCAGACCUCCGGACCUGGUAGUAUCGACAACACACCGUUCGCAAGGUGGAAAAAACUGAUUCACAGCCUCCCUAGCACUAAAAGCACGGAAGAACCACCGCCCAAAACCCCAGUCGACAGUGACGAAGAAAAAAUGCACAAGGCUCGAGAUGUUGUCGUUAGGUUUCUGAGAAGAGCCAUGCAAAAACCCGACAACGAAAAUGGACGCCAAGUCGAAGAGGAAGCGACCGACAACGAACAGCACGACUCGCUACCAGAUGACGUCAACAGGACCCCAAACGACAUGAGAAAGUAUAGCAACGCUGACCACAGCGAAAUCAGACGUUUCCAUAUUCCCGACUUACAAAAAAGGCGCAAUUCUGUUGAUUCUAAACGAGGGGAGGAGUGGCGUCAGAGUUACCGCAGUAGUUCCCCCUCGAACAGUUCAAAGGAGACCAGGCAAGAUUCGAUCACGUCGUCCAUUUGGUCCGACAAUAUACCCAUUAUUACCAUAAGCAAAACUGAAAGCGCGGAAAAUAUUCUGAGAGAGAACGGUUCGAAUGAGGCUUCCCCGAAAAUAAGAAACAUACUUAAGAAGCAAGCGGAGGUGGCUACUGAAAACGACUCUGACGGACAAUGUAGUGAUGAUGAGUCUACAAAAACUACUGUGAAAUCGAUUAACAUUUGCUGAAAUCACUUGUCAAUCUAUUCUUUUUGAAUGUGCCGGGAAUGAGACUUGGGUACAAGACGUUCUGUGUAUUUCGCCAACAAAUCAAGGAAGAGGAGGGCGAUGAAGGUGUAGCAUUUCAUUAAAAACAAUUCCAGCUUGUAAAAUUAAUAAAUUAUAAAAAAUCA